AUGCUUUCUAACUCUCUGACCAGCAGUUACCUGCAGUAUAAAGAAGACACCGAUGUAGUGGCAUCAUGGCUUGCGACGACUGCCAAAGUGUGCGGGUAUACCAAGAAUAUAAAUCCAGGUCAACAGAAACAAAAUCAAAGUGGCAGACUAAAGGGGAAGGCAAGAAAAUCCGCACAACACUCUCCCGGCGAGUCAUCUGCCUCAAAGCCUUCACUCCCCAAUCUACCAACUUAUACCAUUGCUAUUCAUGAUUUUGUCCCUCUCGCAGAAUGCAUUGCAAGCUGCGAAAGUCCAAAGGUUCGCGUCCCUGCUACAUUUGCCGUAACACUCGAACGAGCAAUAUCCGCACGACGUCUUCAUCAUGGUAUCCUAGGCGAUAGAAGUAAGGCUAAAAUUGAUGGCCAUACUUAUUUUAUCAGCAUUCUAGAGCGCGUUCAGGAUACGCUACGCCCUCUUUUUUCUGUAGAAGGGGAUACAAACGAUAAUACCGAUAACAUGAUUAACAACUUUGAGGGGCUAGAUGUGCAGGAGCCAUCUAACAAGUUUAUACAAGCUCCAGAUGUCACAACUCCCAUACCGCCGACGCCGGAUCCAGAAGCUAAAUAUAAAGCAGAGCUGGCAAAGGAUCUGGGCGAGAUGUACAGCGCCUUCUGCCUCCUUAUCAAGGAUUAUCAGACAUUCCGCGCAGCAAUCAUGAAAACAUGGAUGGGCUACCAGCAGGGGGUAUUUGACUUGGUUUCUGCCUCUAUAAUGACCAAUACUGCGCUGGAUUUCGCCCGACAGCUAGAGAAGGACGCUAAGCCGCUAUUUGACAGAUUUGGUGGCGCGGAGCAGGUUUUAAGGAUGGUGUUUUUGGCGCAAUAUCGAGAGAAGGGAGAAGAUGAAGCCUUCAAAGAACAACCCGGUGAUGAUAUGAACUUUCGUAUGUGGGAAGCCUCAUCAGGAAUCUUCUGGCCCGCCUACAUGUGCCUCCAAGAGUUUAUCCCCAUGGUGAGCAAGUGGAAUGUGCCAUUGUGCCAACCCGGCUUCUAUGGUAUAUACGAUCCUACCAGCAACCGAGAGCAGAAAACACCGCGAGAGAAAUUUAAAGAAGACAAGGUUAUUCUCACGGAAAUUUUCUCCGAAUUUGCGUUGCUCUGUCUUUGUGCGCCAGAUAUUGUGGCACAGGAUGAGCUCACGCGUGGCUUGGGUGAAGCGUUCGAAACUCACGAAAUCACGCUCUCCCUUGUCUUUGCUACCCAGGUUUACCUUGAUAUCCACCAUAUCUUACGAGCAAACGUAAACCGCGGGCUUGAUGAUUUAAUGACUACUGCAGGGUUGAUCGAUACGUCGAUAGAACAGACCCUCAAACAUCACCAAUCACUCCGUGUGGAAAAUUGGCCAUUGUCAAAUGAUCGAGUACUCAAGAAUAUCCAACAGCAGAUCGAAAUGUGGGUCAAACGUGACACGGUGGGAGAGGCCAAAAUUAGAUUGAAUCGUCCACCCGGGGAGCCUUUCAAGCUGCUGUCUUCCCAUCCCUUGCUUUGCGGAUUGAUGGCGUACAGCCUCAAGGCCACGUUCCAAGAGGUCAGUGUCAUUUUCGCAAAUGCUUGGGGCUCGAUUAUGUAUACCUACCAUCUCUACAAUGCACUAAGACAGGAGAAAAUGCUGCAAAAUAAGUGGCCAGAUAUGGAUAUCGUCAUGGGCAUGCAAGGCGAUGUUUUUGUUGGUGAUCCACCCAAAACUCCAGAGGAUUAUCUAAAACGGUUUACCCUCAGCAUGGGGUGGUCAGCAACUGCGUUUGCUAAAGGCAGGCGUCCGGGGACUAUACCAGCCUCAUCGCGUGGUCCUAGGGGCCUUGAAGAGCUCGCACCAGUAGCGCAGAUGUUCAAAGCGAGAUUCUGCGAGGGUUCUGAUCAGACCGACUGGACACCGGAAGAUAUUAAACACGUUGUAUCCAAGUCAAACUGGGAUUGGGAUGAAGAGGAAGUAUCAUCAGAGGGGCUCUCUGUGUUUUCUAUUACUCAGGCUGAGAAGAAGAAACAAACCACCACAACCCUAGGACAGAUAAACGCGGUCGAGUUACUGGAACGCCUACGGAAUGCCAUACAAGGGGAAUCCCUAGAGCUCAAUAUACCAUAUCUUACCCUUCACCGAGUCUGCUGGCUGGUUCUUCGCAAGGUCAAUCUACACUGUAGCGAAACUCUUCAAGAAAUGUUUGGAGCAGGGUAUCUGGAGAAAGAAAACCAGUUACCCUUAGUUGUGGGUUAUAUUUUCAUGGCUGCAACCAAUACCAAAAAGCUGGGUGGUUUACCAAUGGGUAAGAAAUCGGAUGUGGUUACUAGUAAGCUAAUGCUCAAGGCAGCUGUUAUCAUGGACAGCUGUAUAGAAGAUGCUGGGAGGCUCUGCUGCAACGCUCUUGAACAGCAUAACAUUGUGUUCAUGGAUGAUAGCAAUGACGAAGAUGAGGACAAGGAUGAAGCGUGA